UAACGUCACUUCUAUUCAAACCUUUCUCCUGCUCUCUUAUUUUCUCUCUCCUCUAGUUCAUAUUCUCUCACUAAAAAUAUGGAAAAAUCACAAUGGACAUAAGAGAUGAAAUGCAAAAUCAGAAGGAUCAUCCAAAGAAGAGAAAAACAAAAAAUGCUUCAAAAUCUACUGGAAAUCAAGAAGAUAUGCCGCUAAAUAAAAUGUUUGGCACCAAAAAGAAGAAAGUGGCAAAGAGUCCUACUGUAGAUCCGAAAUUACUCAAUAAGAUUUCGAAAAAAGUUGUUGAAGAAGAGGAAAAUCAAAACAACAGAGUUAACGAUGAAGUCGAACCACCAAAAUAAGGAGAAAAACAACCAUAAAGAACGAUCAAAAGAUGCAAGAAAAGAAGGGGAAAAACAACCAGAAAAACCUUCUAAAGAAGCACAAAAGGUUCAAUCAAAAGCAACAGAGUUACCAAAAAAAAAGGGUGAAGCAUAUUGUAACAAAAAAUAAAUCAUCAAACAACUGUUCGGAAGCCUCCUCAAGCAAGAGUACAGCUAAAGAUCAACAGAACAAGCAAAACUCAAAGACACAAAAAAACAAUGAGAAAGAUGGAGGUGUGAAAGAAAAGGAAACUCUAAAAACUGAAAAAGUUAAGGUGGAGAAGGGGAAACAAAGUGAGAAAGUUGAUGGUGUAAAAAAUGAGAAAGCACAUAAAAAAAGAAAGAGAGAUGCAAAUGAAGAUGUACAUGAGGUGGUAAAACUUGCUGAUGCUGAAGAUUUGGAUGAUUAUGGUAAGUUGCAAGUGAGGGUUGGGCAUUUCAAAUUCAUGACAUUUGUAUCAAAUUUGAGCCCUUCUCAAAAGCAAGCAAUUAUUGACAUGGGAUUUGGAGCUUUACUCGAUGUAAAUCUUCCACAAAAUGACCAAUCAUUUUCUGCUUGGCUUAUGCAUUGUUUCGAAGAGAAUAGCCGCACACUUUAUCUUCCGUACAACAAAUCUAUUGUUGUUUGUGAAGAAGAUGUUGAAGUUGUGUAUGGAAUCCCGAGAGGGGAGAAAGAAGUGAAGGAGGUAGAAGAUGAGGAACAAGAAGAGACUCCUUUGACUAGAUGGAGGAAAGAUUGAGGUGUUGUGUCUGGUAGCCCUAAAACACACAAUGUUCUGAAGAAAUAUGAGUCUGAGGAAGAAAAAGAGAAAAAGAUGGAAAUCAUGGAAGCAAAGAUGAACAAAAGGAAACUGGAAAUGAACACAGAACCUGCAAAAGUGAACAAUGGUGAAUUUGAUGAAAUCUUCAUUAUCGAUUUCAUUGUGUUGGCUGUAAAUUGCUUCAUGAAAAGCAGCCAAAGCAUACACUUGCACUACAAGUUUCUGUUCUCAAUUAAGAAUGUGUUUGAAAUCAAGUAAUACAAUUGGUGCAAGUAUGUCCUUGAUAGCUUAAUGGAUACAAGCAGUUCUUGGAAAUUGAAUCCAAAAGGGUUUUACAAAGGACCUUUGCCUUUUCUUCUGUUGUUUUACUUUGAUCGCAUUCAAAAGAAAAGCAUCAUGCCACCAAGAACUCCUCCUAUCAUAUCUGUAUGGACAAAGGAUAUGGUGGUCGAAAGGAUGAAGUUGGAGAGCCAUGGAGUUGGAUUGGGUAAUAUUUUGCCUGGAGUUAAAAUCAAAAGGAAAACAACACAAGAAGAAUGUACUAAUAUACCAAUGGCCAAGGAGGAAUUUAUGGAAGAGUUUAUUAGUGUGGUCAGAACUAUGGAAGGGAAUUGUGAAAAAUUAUGUGAAAUGAUAAAGCAUGCUGAAGAGCUUUUCCCAAAUAAUCUUCUUUACAAAACAGUGGGAGAUUAUAUGCAAAAGAAAUUUAAGGAUCCUUCAAAUCCUUCAAUUUUGAGUCAAGAUGAAGAAUUAUUUGGAACAAAUUCUUUCUUGAAUGCUUUAGAUAAGGUUGAAAAGGAGUAUUUGGAGAAAGUACAAGCUGAAAAGAAAGCAAGAGAAAAAGAAGAGGCAAAGGGGAAGAAAGUAAGAGAGUCAUUCGAUCCACAAAAUGCUUGGAAUUUAGGGAUCGACAAAGAACAAACUCCUAGUCCAAUGGUUCAUCCAACUGAGACACAAAUUGGACAAAACAUUGAUUUGAACCUCGGGCUAGGUAUGGGAGGGUUAAGUAGUGUAGGUGUGGAGCAGGAGCAACCGGUGAUUGAAGCAUCGGAAUUUGAUCAUAUGUUCAAAACUCAAGACCCUACAUUUGAGGACAUUUUGAACAACCCAUUGAAUCCAGAAUUUCAAUAUGCAGGAUCUAAAGGAGAAUCGAAAAAUCCAGGAAAUGUGUCAAAGGACAAAACAACAAGUGAAAUUGAAAUUGGCAAACGACCUAUAAGACAAGUUCACAAUUUGCCUGCUUGUCUCAAAUCACCAUUCAUGGUAAAAUACAAAGAUUUAUUCAAGGAUGUGAAUGCAAUGAAUGCAACAAUUUCUGACUAUGCAUUCAAUGAUGGUCCUAACAAUGAGGUGAUGUACUUUGAUGGAGAAACUAGUAUUAACAGAUCUCAAAUGAAGACACUAGGCACAGAUGAAGAAAUUGACAAUUCCAUUAUUGAUGCUUGGGCUACAAUUUUAAAUUACAAGUGUCGAAAAAACAACAUUUACUUUAGCACAAUUCCUUAUGUGAUAGUGUGCACAGACCACAUUGUUAAGAAAGAGGGUGACACGAAAAAAAGAAUUUCAAAAUUCAUUUCCAGACUUCAAAUUGAAAUGAAAAACAGCGGUAUCAAAAAAAUAAAAGAAGUCAAACAAUUCUUUUUCCCAGUGUCAGCAAUUAACCACUUCUACUUGGUUUGCUUCAACAUGUAUAAUGCCACUGUUGAUAUGAUUGAUAACAGAAAGCUUCCCAUGAAUAUGAAAGCAAAAGACAAAUACGGUACCUCUCCCAUAAAAAUGCUUUUAUAGGGUUUUUGAAAAGCCAAAAUUACAAUGAAAAACAACUGGACUUUCAAGCCUAACUUGAUAAAAAUGAAUUGGAGGAGAAAUUGGGACCAUAAGAAUUGUGGUGUUUAUUUGUUGAAGCAUAUGGAAACAUACACAUCAGAACCUUCAGUAGAAUGGGUUUGUGAUCUGAAAGCUGAUAAUAUUGGUCAAAUCAGAAAGUUAAGAGUGAAGUAUUGUGCUAAGAUAUUACUAAGCAAUACCAACAGAGAAGCAUACAGAAUAAAGAUGGCUGCAAGACGAAGGAUGGAAGAAUCAAAUUAAUUUUUAUAGUUAAUAACUUUGCAAAGACAACUUACUUUAAUAGUUGUGGAUUCCUUUUAUGACUUGAAACAUCAGUUUGCAUUAUAUUUUGCAUUUAAA